GGGAGGCGGACUUCGUGGGUCUGGACAUAGAGUUCACUGGACUUCGUUCUAACCUGUCUGGGCUCCAGCAGAUCAGUCUUUUUGAUUUGCCAUCUGACUGGUAUCUAAAGACCCGACAGAGUAUUCAGCAAUUUACAAUCUGUCAGAUUGGAUUGUCUGUAUUCUCCAGCAUUGAAGGAGAGUCAAACAUGUAUGUAUGUAUAAAGAGCUUUUUCCCAUGUAUAUUUUACAGCUGGCGCCUUCUAGUCAUUCCCCAGGUGUCUGAGUCACUUUGUCUUAGAUGCUCCAUUUUCUCUUCUCCUUCUAGCUCUUCCCUUGUUCUGUCCUCUGCAGAUUCCAGCUUACCCUUCCAGUUUUUCUUCAAGCCUCCUGUGGGCCCUUUCCCCACCACCCCUCCCCUGCAUCUUUCUUAGGUGCUCCUGCUCUCCAUUCAAUGGUCCCUUGUGCAACUCUGUGAAGCAGUUUGCUCACAAGCCCCGGCCAUCAAGAAGGAUGUUCCAUCUAUGGGGACAGGCCAGUGGACCCUGUUUCCCAACGGUGAGAGUGCUGCCUUUUUCCUUUGGCCACCAAUGCCAGGCAGUGACCUUGAAACACUACAGACAUUCAUGUCCUUCCUAAAUGAGAAAAAGAGCCCACUCAAGCCUGCUCUAUGAGCUAGAGUAUAUAGCCCAUUCUUGUAACUUCUUUCUCUUCCCUACAACGUUUGGGAUUUUGGACACAGAAUUCUCUUUCCAGGCAUCUAGUGUUCAGUUUUUGAAUCAAUAUGGCUUCAACUAUAACAAGUUUCUCAAAAAAGGAAUUCCAUAUAUGAAUGAAGAGCAGGAGAAGAAAAUUAAGCAUAGUAUCCUGACAGGGAACUGGAAAGUUCGCAGCUCUCUGGAUAAAGAUCAAAUCAAGGUGGUAAUUAAUGAGGUGACGCGGUGGCUGGACCUGGCUGAGGAAGGUGACCAGAUGACUCUGCCUGGUAUUGCUGGGUUCCAGGCCUUUGAGGUGCAGCUGGUGCUGAGGCAGGCCCUGCCCAACAUCUGGACAGUGUUGAGAGACCGGGGGGUGAUAGUGAAGAAGGUGAGCCAGCAGCAUCGCUGGUACCUUGAGCACGCCUCUGGUGAUCGAGAUAGCUGUUGGAAAGAGCAGAUUCUUCUCUCUGCAAGGGGUUUUUCUGUCUUUUUCCAGAUGUUGGUGCAAGCCCAGAAGCCCUUAGUGGGGCAUAACAUGAUGAUGGAUCUACUGCAUCUCCAUGAGAAGUUCUUCAGACCCCUCCCAGAAAGCUAUGAUCAGUUUAAGCAGAAUAUCCACAAUCUAUUUCCUGUUCUUAUUGACACCAAGAAUGUUACAAAGGAUAUCUGGAAGGAACUGCAUUUCCCUCGGGUUUCCAACCUCUUGGAAGUAUAUGAAGUGCUGAACAGUAACUUGAAUCCCACCAAGGAUUCUGCACCAGUGAUUGUUCAUGGAAACAAAUGUGAAAAAUAUGCCAAGAAAAAGUGCCCCCAUGAAGCGGGAUAUGAUGCCUUCCUGUGUGGGUCAGUUCUUUUGAAAGUGGCACACCUCCUCCUGCAGAGAGUGCACGGCCAUGUUCCCACGUCUGAGCCCUCCUUCCCGCAGUACCUUGAUGUGCUGGCUCCUUACGUGAACCAAGUGAAUCUUAUCCGAGCGGGGGUCCCUAAAAUUAACUUCUCGGGCCCGGAUUUUCCCAGUAUCCGGCCUCCCAUCCUCAUCCUCACUGUCAGGAAGUGGCCUGGGGUGAGUGAGCAGCAAGUCUACGGCGAGUUCCAGAACCUCUGCAAGUUCGACGUCAGACGGCUCACUCAAAGCCAGUUCCUGCUCCUGACCAAUAAGUUUAAGGAUGUCCGCAGUGUCCUGAAGGAGUACAGGUGUCACCCGACCCUGCAGGUCUCCCUGUACCGGUACUGGAGACACUCCCCCAACGUCAACUGCAUGCUACAAGUCUGCAGUGUAGUUGCUGCCUGGGCCUUGCUUGGAUUUCUUCUGGGAAGAUCCAGCCCCUGAGUGCAGCCAGCCUCUGGAAGCCUCUGUCCAUCUGUUGGUCCCCAGUCCUUUCUGGGAUGGCCCUCCUGGAUUUUGUUUCUGUAAAUCAUAUUCUGUUUGCAUGUGGAUCUGCAUGAUCUUUACUAUCAUUUUUGUUGUUUUGAAAGUGAAAUUCUAUAUAUGCUGUAAUUGAUGAAGAAAUCCUUGCAUAUAAUACCUUUGUGUGUGGCCACCACGUCUGUAUCUGCCUGGGAGAAGUCACAGCCUCUGGUGAUUUAAACCAAUGCCCUGGAGUAUCUAGAACAGAUAGUUCAUCAGGAGCCACUCACCAAGUGAGUGAAAGGCGUGUCAUUUCUGGGAAAAAAAUUAAUGACCAACAGCUGUUGGAGAUUUAGGCCAAGAAAGGGCUUUUCUCAUAAAGGAGAAAAGUAAAGUUUGGAAGAAUUAAUGACAUGCACUGGUGACAAUUUUGAUACAUACAGUAUCUGAAACCAUUAAAAUAUUUCUAUUUGUUUUAGAGAUGAAAAAUACCCCCUAGCAGUGAUUAUACCUUGAAAGUCUCCUCCAUGGCCAUCCACACUUUCCCCAGGACGGUCAGGCACUUUUCCUGGAUGAGUCUGAACUCAGCUGGGCUCUCUGCUCAGCUAUGAACUUCACCUGAGGAUUCUGCAAAGCCUUAAAUUUAGUCCAGCAUUUUUCUCUGGAAGAACUGAAAUGUUAAAUUGUGGCAGCUGCCCUAUCUGGAGAGUUUGAAAGCUGAUCUAUCUUUCCUUCAUUCCUUUUCUUUUUUUCUCUUUUCUGUCUUCUUUCUCUCUUUAAUUGAAUCCAGAGCCUUUUCCCUGAGCUACAUCCCCAGCCCUUUUCUGAUUUUAAUUUUGAGACAGUGUUUCACUAAGUCACUAACUUGUCCAGGCUGGGCUCAAACUUAUGAUCCUCCUGCCUCAGCCUCCCAGAGUUCUGGGAUUAUAGGAGUGAGCCUCCACACCCACUUUGAGAGAGCUGCUUUUCUAGCAGUUACAUGUCUGUCCAAGGGGUGUGAGGGCUUCAGUGACUGUCUGAAAUUCAGGGCCGUUUGUAAUCAGAUGACCCCAGCUGUGUCUCCAACAGGUGCAGGGGGUUUGGGUUUUGCUUUGGUUUUUCAAUGAAAGGAGAACUCCUCUCUUCCUGGGCUUUUGGGCCCCAUUGCUAACCUGUAUGGAUCCACUGCUUGUCCAUCUGGCGGGACCAUUUUGUCUUCCCAGGAGAAAGGCCCUGUCACUGCUGACUGUCCCAUGUAGUUCACUGGCACUGGGAGUCUGUCUGUUGUAGAAAUGCCAAGCAGUCUGGGAGCCACCUGCUCCCCAAGCUUCUGGCCCAUUUCUGUGGAAGAAAAUUCCACAAGGGGCACAGGCCCUGGGUCUCCCCUGUCAUGAGUCCACUGAGGUGGCCCACCCAACCCUGCUGUCUGCCCAACCCUGUCCAGCUCUGUGUGCCUGUGUUUUCCAUUCAGGUAUGGUUCCCAUCAUCAUGUGAAUAAAACCAAAGAAUCGGGAAA